ACGUGGGAGUGGAAGAGAUCUCCUGACUCCUGCACGCCUGCCAGGGUACGAGUGCCAAGUGAUCGCCGCUGACACAGGGAACGUCAUCAGCACUUUAUUAAUGAUGGAUACUGAGAAGAAACCUGAGAAUGAUGAGGAUGAAGAUGUAAACAAAGAAGCAGCAGGCUCGAGCAAUGUUUCAUCCUGUCCUGUGGGUUGUGGGCCCAUGUCUGAUUCGAUAGCAGAUUCCUCUGCGAAUUCCACAAGCAAAAGAGGUUUUUCAGAAUCAUCAAACUCGGACAGUGCCAUUUUGGAGGAAGAUGGAAAUAAACAUGCUUCCAAGCGAAUGAAAUUAGCCGAGAUGGAGCCCCUCAGAUCUGCAGAGGAAGGCGUUCGUGGGUUGGAAACGUCCCAGAGCUCAGUCCCAGGAGUGGGUGUGCCGUCAGAUGAGACAGGGAAGGUGCCCUCCCUGAACGACUGCUCAGAUGGCAAUGCACGUCUCCCCCCCACCUUCUCCCCUCUCUGCAGUUUUAGCAUUGUUGAUGCUGUUUCUCUGAAAACAGACACUGAAAAAAAGUCUGCUCAGGAAGUGGUUUCCCUUGACCAGGAAAGAGAAUCCUCUUUUCCCACGAAAGAGAUUAGUGAUAGUUGUACCAUUGGAAAUGUAGAUUCAGUUCUCAAGUGCAACACAUGUGAUCAUUUGUUUUCAUCUUGCUUUGAUUUGGAAAAGCACGCCGCACGUCACACGCAACAGUCUAAGGAGUACGCCUGCUGCAACUGCGGCCACCAAGCGGAGAGCAGCGCAGCAUUGCAGACGCACGUGACACAGACGCACGGGCCACAGAAAGUCUUUUCUUGUGAUCUCUGUGGCUUUCAGUGUGUGGAAGAAAACCUUUUGAAUGCGCAUUGUCUUGGCAAAACACAUCUCCGGCGUCAGAAUCUUGCUGCUCGUGGAGGAUUUGUACAGAUCUUAACAAAAGAACCUUUUCCUAAGAAACCAUGUACCAUCGGAACAAAAAAUGUCCGCGCAAAACCAAGAGCUUCUAAACCAAUAGCGAAGAAUAGUGAGUCAAAAGGCCUGAGAAGCAUUGGAAGCAAAUUGAAAGACUUCAGAGGAAGCAUUUCUAAACAAAGUGGAAGUAGCAGUCAGCUUCUUGUUGAAAUGAUGCCAUCCAGGAAUACUUUGUCAGAAAAAGUAGAGAUUGUUGAAGAAAAUGUUACUUCCCUUGGUAUAGCUGGAAAUGCUGAAAGCCAGGGUAAAACGGUAGGAGCUUUAGUCACCUCAGAGGGUCUCUUAGAUAGAUUGGAAUCUACCAAAAAUACCCUACAGACAGCACAUGGUGUCGGUUCAAGCCUGAGACCAAGACCGGAGCGACAUGUUCUCGUGUUGGGUGACAGCUUCCGACGGCGGAGUGGCACCUUCGCCUUAAAAGGCCAGGCAAAGAAAAGGUUGAAUUUGUUAGGAAUUAAUAAAAGAGGCGCUGGUGAGACUCAGAAGAUGUAUAUGAAACACUUUAGACCACAGAUAAAAGCAGGAGAUGCAGAAUCCGCUCCUAAACACGGAGCUACGAGUGGCGGUGUCCACAGUCUGGGCCUGUCUUCCUCAGAAGCCCAGGACCCGAAGCAGGACGCGAGGGACGCCCACAGCGUGUGUUCCUUUGAGCCUCCGACCAUGAGGGCAGCCUGUGACCACCAGACGGUGGGUCCUUGUACAGACUGUGGUCAGAUCGCCACGAGUAGGACAGAGUUGGAAAUGCACGUGCAAAGCUGCCACGCGACAGAGGUGAAAUUUCACUGCCAAACGUGUGGGUUUUCCAGCGUGUCGCGGAGGGACUUGGACGAGCAUUUGCACAAUCAGCAUCAGCAAAGCGCGUCUGUCCUCAGCUGUCAGUGUUGUUCGUUUGUUUCCUGGAAUGAGAGGAACCUGAGAGAGCACAUGAAGGAAGAACACCGGAUGGGCUUUCUGUGCGCUGCUUGUCUUCUGUUCUUCGCAUCUGAGAAGGACAUGGAGGCACACGUGGCAGCUGAGAAGCACGUGGCUUAUUGGUUCAGCCCAAAGACUUGUCAGCCGUUUAACAGUGACUUGGUCUCACAGACUUUACCCUUGAGUACUUUAGCAUCAGAAAAUACAGAAGAGUCUGUGAGCGAGUCAGGAAAAGCAGCUCAGGAAGCACCGGCCAAGUCCCGGGCCAGCCACGGGAAUGAGGGGAGGCAUUCCAGCAGGCCGCAGUUUCAGUGUAAGAAGUGUUUUUAUAAAACAAGGUCGUCCACUGUCCUCACGAGGCACAUAAAGCUCCGGCAUGGUCAAGACUAUCACUUUCUUUGUAAAGCAUGUAAUCUGUAUUCAUUGAGUAAAGAAGGAAUGGAGAAACACAUUAAGAGAAGCAAACACCUUGAAAAUGCCAAGAAAAAUAACAUCGGCUUAAGCUUUGAAGAAUGUAUUGAAAGGGUGUGUAUAGGUGCAAAUGAAAAAGAAGAGCUCAGCGCCGCCGGCGGUGGGAGGACAGAAGGCCACCUAGCCGGUGUGCAGUUGCAGGAGUGUUCCCCUCUUGAGAAGGGCACACUCACUGCCAAGGAGGUGGCGCAGCCUGGUGCAGUUGCCAAAGUCGACGAACUAGCUUUGAGCGCCACUUCGAAGAGAGGGCGACCAAAAGGUGCUGUCUCACGGACGUGCUCUCACUGCGGCCUUUUGGCCUCUAGUAUUACAAACUUGACUGUUCACAUUAGACGGAAGCACAGUCACCAGUAUAGCUACCUAUGCAAAGUGUGUAAGUAUUACACCGUAACUAAGGGGGACAUGGAACGGCACUGUGCCACCAAGAAACAUAAAGGACGCGUAGGAGUAGAAGCAAACGGAAAGCAAAGUUCAGACAUCAUUGUUGGGCCUGAAGGCGGUAAGCGCGAAGCCUGUAGAGGGAACGCCCGUGCAGCAGUGUCAGGUGGACGUGCUGACCCGUCAGCUGAGUCAGGGCCCUCGGUGGCAGGAAAGCCCGGGGAAGAGCACGGCAGCCCCACUGAAGUCGAGCUCGGCAGUGUUUUUCAUUGUGCAGGUGGGGAGGCUAGCAGGCACCUUCCUGAGGAAAAGGAACAAGUGUCUCUAGACCCAGAGGACCUGAUGCAACAGGGGGACGCCUGCUCCCAGAGCCAUGUCACGACUACAGGCGACAAUAAAUGCGCCCACUGUGAAUUUCACGCUCACUCUUCUGCUUCUCUGGAACUACACGUGAAACGGAAACACACAAGAGAGUUUGCGUUUUAUUGCAUGGCAUGUGAUUACUAUGCGGUGACUCAUCGAGAGAUGACGAGGCACGCGGCGACAGAAAAGCACAAGGUGAAAAGGCAUUCUUACCUGCACUCUUCUAAUGCAGAGGCGGAUUCUGCAGAAAUGUCCCCAAACAUUAUUGUUCCUGAGGAGCAGCACCCACAAAGUCCUGAGGAAUUUCCAGUCAUUUCAGACCAACCGCCAGAAACUCUUAAAUCUAGAAAUACUGCUGAUGGUUCAAUUUUAGGUGAUAAUAUUAAUUUAGACGUGUCCAAAGUACUCUGUGCUCCUGACACUGUAGAAGUUGAGACUGCAGAAGAAUCCAGUCUCAGUGGAGAGCAUUCCUUUUGUGAAACUUUCCAACAGCCCCUCGCUAAGGAUCAAGUUAGGAAACCCGAGGAAAUGGUGUCCCUUAAUAUUUCCCCUAAUUAUGGCUCCCCGUGCAAAUUUCAGAAUGAGAAUUCAGGAAGUUCGGCUUUGAAUUACGAGACAGCAAAGAAAAGCCACGAUCGGUUGAGUGGCAUCGGUGAUCCAAAUAUACAGUGUGAGAGCGAUGGAGGAAAUGUUGGGGACGUGGCAGGUGAGGUCCUUGGCCGACAUGGAGGUCCCUGCGUCCCUGGUGGAGCGCACUCCGCAGACAGCGCGCUGCGUGCCGUGGUGCGAAUGGCAGGAGGACAGCUGCACCCCGACAGCAGUGACCAUGACAGAGCUGGAAAUGUGCAGACUUCAGGGGAUUUGAAAGAUGUGCGAGGAGAUCCCGUUCUGGAAAAUAAGGACAUUCUGAUGCAUUCACAACAUGAAACUGAAAUUAUUUUGGAAGAGGACGGUCUCGCUUCUGACAGCACAGUGGAGAGUAACGACGUUUACGGAACAAUAAUCAGCAUUGAUGAGAAAGGACAGGCCACGUACAGUUUGGGCCGGUUUGAUUCUUCCAUCAUAAGAAUAAAGAAUCCGGAAGAUGGUGACCUGAUCGACCAGCCUGAAGAGGGUGUGGAAGCAGCGCGAGUGAGGCUCAGUGAGUCGUCCCUCAAAGACUGUGCUCAAGGGGUGAAGAAGAAGAGACCCGAAGGCAGCCCGUUUGGGGAGUCCACACGCAUCCGCUGCGACGACUGCGGCUUCUUGGCGGACGGCUUGAGUGGACUGAACGUUCACAUAGCCAUGAAGCAUCCCACGAAAGAGAAGCACUUCCACUGCCUGCUGUGUGGGAAGUCCUUCUACACGGAGAGCAACCUGCACCAGCACCUGGCCAGCGCGGGCCACCUGAGGAACGAGCAGGCCAGCGUGGAGGAGCUUCCGGAGGGCGGUGCCACCUUCAAGUGUGUCAAGUGCACGGAACCCUUUGACUCGGAGCAGAGUUUGUUCCUGCACAUUAAAGGGCAGCACGAGGAGCUGCUGCGGGAGGUGAACAAGUACAUCGUGGAAGACACUGAGCAGAUCAACCGCGAGAGAGAGGAGAACCAGGGAAACGUUUGCAAGUAUUGUGGCAAGAUGUGUCGGAGCAGCAACUCCAUGGCAUUCCUGGCGCACAUUCGCACUCACACAGGAUCAAAACCAUUCAAGUGCAAGAUAUGCCAUUUUGCAACAGCUCAGCUUGGCGAUGCCAGAAACCAUGUGAAAAGGCACCUUGGGAUGAGGGAGUACAAGUGUCACGUCUGUGGGGUUGCUUUUGUAAUGAAGAAACACCUAAAUACUCACCUACUAGGCAAACAUGGAGUUGGCACCCCAAAAGAAAGGAAAUUUACAUGCCACUUAUGUGACAGAAGUUUCACCGAGAAGUGGGCCCUGAACAAUCACAUGAAACUCCACACGGGAGAGAAGCCAUUCAAGUGUACCUGGCCUACGUGCCAUUACUCCUUCCUCACGGCCUCUGCCAUGAAAGACCACUACCGGACACACACAGGCGAGAAGUCAUUCCUGUGCGACCUCUGUGGCUUUGCUGGCGGGACCCGGCACGCCCUCACCAAGCACCGGCGGCAGCACACAGGAGAAAAGCCUUUCAAAUGUGACGAGUGUAACUUUGCCUCCACAACCCAGUCUCAUCUGACUCGGCAUAAGCGGGUGCACACGGGAGAGAAGCCCUACAGAUGCCCGUGGUGUGACUACAGGUCAAACUGUGCUGAAAAUAUCCGCAAACACAUUUUGCACACUGGCAAGCACGAGGGGGUCAAGAUGUACAACUGCCCCAAAUGCGACUACGGAACAAACGUCCCCGUGGAGUUUCGGAACCACCUGAAAGAGCAACAUCCUGAUAUCGAAAACCCAGACCUGGCUUACUUGCAUGCAGGCAUUGUUUCCAAGUCCUACGAGUGCCGUUUGAAGGGCCAAGGAGCCACGUUCGUGGAGACAGACAGCCCCUUCACCGCGGCCGCGCUGCCCGACGAGUCUCCUGUCAAAGAAAGGCCGCUGCGGAGCCGGCGGACAGCGGUGGCCGAGCAGGUCCAGCAGGUGAUCAUCAUCCAGGGCUACGACGGGGACUUUGCUCUCGACGCCUCCGUGGAGGAGACGGCCGCCGCCACGCUGCAGACACUGGCACUGGCAGGCCAGGUGGCCCGGGUGGUACACAUCACAGAAGACGGGCAGGUCAUUGCAGCGAGCCCCGGCGGGGCACACCUGGGCGGCGGGGCGCCGGGGCCGGUCCUGCCCGAGCAGUUGGCGGAGGGCGCCACCCAGGUGGUGGUGGUGGGGAGCUCGGUGGAAAGCCCCGGCAUGGCCGAGCCCCUCAGCCCAGGUGGCACUGUGAUGCAGCAGGGGUCCAAGCAGGAGAUUCUCGACCUCAGCGAGGCUGGCAUCCCCCAGCCCGACGCGGCCUCUGCCCUGGAUGCCCUGCUGUGUGCCGUCACCGAGUUGGGGGGCGCAGAAGGCAGGGCCGGGCCUGAUGAGAAAGGCAGGGCCGGCCCCAAAGACGUGCUGGUCCAGCUGCCCAGUCAAGAGGCGCCCCUCGCUGCCACCCAGCCCGAUGGCCCUGAGAUCCACGUGUUCCAGGACACUGAGGAGAGCCCAGCCUCCAUGGAACCUGUGGAGGUGCUGACCCAGGUGGUCCGGCCCUCGGCUGUGAUCGCCUCGCAGGAGCGUGCCCAGGUGGCUUUCAGGAAGGUGGUCCAGGGGGUCCUCCAGUUGGCAGUCUGCGAUUCGGCCGCGGCAGGCCAGCUCAUGAAGGAGGGAGUCACCCAGGUCAUUGUGAAUGAGGAGGGCACCGUCCACAUGCUGGGCAGAGAAGGCUCGCAGAUCCUCAUGCAGGAGGCCGAGGCCCACGGGCAGCACGUGGCACUGGCCGAGCCCGACGGGGAGAUUUCCCAGAUCAUCGUCACAGAAGAGCUAGUCCAGGCCAUGGUCCAGGAGUCCGCUGGCAGCUUCCCUGAGGGCACGACCCAUUAUAUUGUGACCGAACUGCCCCCGGGGGUGCAGGAUGAGACGGCCAUGUACUCUCACACGGUGAUAGAGACGGCCGACUCACAGGACACACUGCAGGCCGGGGCCGCGCUCAGCGCGGAGGCCGUGGUCCCCAGUGGAACCGAACAGUUGACAAGUAUGGUCAUUUAUACGCAAGAGGGCUCCCCGGCAGCCACAAUAAUUCAGAGCCAAAGAGAGAGUCACGAACUCCAAGAAGCCUGAGGCAGGAAUCUUUGUGCUCAGCACAGAGCAGCUGUGGAAAGAUCCAGUACACAUGGGCACCGGGUCCCCUGAGCAGCUGUGACAGCGGUGGGUUGGAGGACCACCCAACACGCUCUCUCGGCAAGGGUCACACCGAUGCUUAGAAGCACAUGCAGUCCAGGGACGCACCCACAGAGGGGACCCCGUGCCCAGGGCCACCAGCAGGGCCGGGGGAUGGCGACGGAGGCAGGGCCCUCACUGGCCAGUGUUCUGGCUCUUUUGCUAACAGUCUUUCCCUCUGUUGUCACCAUUUUGCUGAGGAGAAUCCGAGUUUUCUUUUCUGCGUUUUUCCCCCCAGAAAUGUUUUCCCAUUUCAGUUAUCAAAGGACUGUGCCCUCAUGGUGGAAAUGUAAGAACCGUGUACCUUGCGGCUUGAGACGUACCUCCUCUUGCAGUCCAGCAUGUAGCUGUUUACAAUUUUUAUUAUCUAUUUGGUUAAAAAUUGCAGCUACAAAUAUUACCAUCUUGAAGUCAUCCACCCCUGCUCAUUGUUUGAAAAUGUCAGGAUCCCAGGGUCCCCAGACCAAAGGAAGCCCAUUCGUUCAUCUCACACGGCUGUGUCCUCUCUUCAGACGUGGCAGGUGUAUUCCUAGCUCCAGCUGCGUUCCGCCUAAAGGAAGCCUUCUCAAGCCCAUGGUUAGGAAAAGCCUUCAAGUUUAUAUCCCAUUAAAAUACACUUCGGUUAAGACAACCUGAUGCUUCUAAUUUUAACUUAGUUUCAUACAAUAAAGUCUAUAUAUGAAAUGUGCACUCUGGAAAAUACCGUUCAUAUCAAUAUUUCGCUUUUUAUAACACGUUUGUUCGUAUCACUAUCACUUUGCAGGAUUGAUUUGUAAGUUAUGUCAGUGUGAGAGACUAACGCUAACUGAGCACUAGGAACAGAAUGCCACGCGCCUGCAGCCCUGGCCGUCGCCCUGACCGGCGUCUGGGUUCAGUCGUGGCUCACUGCAACUUUGGAAUGCAAGUUCAUGUUCCAAUACUUUGUUUCUCGAUACAAUUGCUCUUCUUCCUUUCUGAGAUUGUAAAAUAAUCCCCUCUCCCCAGUGCACAGGUUGUUUUUGUUCUGUUUCUAUUUUCUUUGAAAUAAAAUGAGAGCAUUGAAAGAGAA